AUGACCUCGAUCGUAUCGCUGCCCAUGCGCCGAUUCCUCCGCUCCUCGCCGUUAGAUCAGCUCGCGCCGCGCUCCUAUAGGAACUCGUCGUCACCCUCCUCGAUGGCAACACCAGAUCGCGUCAGUCUAAGCAGCGGCUCGUCGCUCAUUGGCCAGCCGCUCGGCAUAGUCGACUCCCCCAGUGGCUCCCCCCGUCGCUCUUUCAGCGCCGAGCGCCCGCCAGUCGCGUCGCGCCACGGGCACGCGUCGCCCGCGCGGGCGCGCGCCGUGCAACAGUCGCAGUCGGACAGCGAGGGCGGCGCGAAUGGGAACGGGACAGGUGUCCCGCUGCGAGUGGCGUACCAGGGCGUGCCGGGCGCGUACAGCGAGAUGGCGGCGAUGCGCGUGUACCCCGGAUGCUCCCCCGUGCCGUGCGACCAGUUCGACGACGCCUUCAAUGCAGUGGAGCAGUGGCUGGUGGGGCGAGCAGUGCUGCCGAUAGAGAACAGCCUGGGGGGCUCCAUCCACCGCAACUACGACCUGCUGCUGCGGCACCGCCUGCACAUCGUGGGCGAGGUGCACCUCCCCGUGCACCACUGCCUGCUCGCGCUGCCGGGGUCUACCCCCGGACAGCUGACCCGUGUGCUCUCGCAUCCCCAGGCGUUGGCGCAGUGCGAGGCGACGUUGACGCGCCUGGGAGUGGUGCAGGAGGCCGUGUACGACACUGCGGGGGCCGCCCAGAUGGUGGCGAAUCAGAAGAUGGAGGGUGUGGGAGCAGUGGCGAGCACGCGGGCGGCGGAGAUCUACGGGCUUGAGAUCCUGGCGGAGGGCAUUCAGGACGAGGCGGACAACUUCACGCGCUUCCUAGCCCUCGCCAGGGACCCCGUGCUGCCCUCCACCGACCGCCCCUUCAAGACGAGCAUAGUGUUCACAUUGGAGAAGGGUGCGGGAGUGCUGUUCAAGGCGCUCUCCGUCUUCGCCCUCCGAGACAUCAACCUCACCAAGAUAGAGUCUCGCCCGCACAGGGACAAGCCUCUCUAUGUCGACUGGUUGGACCGCUCCUCCCUCGCUGCGCCCGCCAUGCCCCUAACAGACAUCCCUGCCGCCGCCUCCCAAGACAGCGCCAUGGCGUACCAGUCAUUCGACUACCUCUUCUACAUCGACUUCCAGGCAUCCCUGGCGGAGCCCCGAGUGCAGAACGCCAUGCGCCACCUCCAGGAGAUGGCGCCAUUUCUGCGUGUGCUGGGCAGCUACCCCAUGGACGUCGGCCCCAUGUGUGACGUGUGCACCCCACCCUCUGCACCCCCUGCGCCCUCCUUGCAUCACUGCACUCACACUCCCCCUGCUCCCAUUCGUGUCCCCCCCACCCCAUCAGGAGAUGGCGCCGUUUCUGCGAGUGCUGGGCAGCUACCCCAUGGACGUCACCCCCAUGGAGACCCCCUCCUCCGCGCCCUCCGCGCCCUCACCACCCUCCAGCCUCUGAGCAACCCCUGCUGCCCACAUGCCAGCCCUGGCUGCCGCGCGCUCAUGGAGGGAGGCAGACAGGCUUCGCCUUGGAGGCCAUGCGGGGGUGCGGACAAGCAGCAGAUGGUGUGGCGGGAGUGGGGGACGUGCGCAGGGCGGUCAGAAGCCACAGCAGCCUUGGCGGCAGCAGGUGGAGGGGAAGCGGCAGCAGUAGGGCUCGCCUCGCUGGUUCCUGCAGCACGACCCGGGGCGGCGCUCGCAGCACACCUUGCCGCCACAGCACGGGUAGUGGUGGUCGUCCUGAUGGUGGCGCCACGGGGGGGAGAGGGGAAGAGGGAAGGGGAGAGAGAGGGCGAGAGGGGGGAAGAGGGGGUGUUCAUGCGCAUGCUUGUGUAUGAGGUAGUGGGAGCAUGGACAGCGGGAUAG